AUGGAGGACCACGGCGCGUACCCGAGCUCGCCGCUGCGUGCGGCCGACGACAGCGACUCCGGCGAGGAGUGCGGCCGGUCGUGGGAGCACCACGACCAGAGCCCUCCGACGCCGACGCCGACCGCCGAAUCUCGCAGCCGCCGCCGCGAGAUGUAUGAGAGAGCCCGGACCGCCCGCCAGGCCCGCGAGGAGAGGAGCCGGGGCGAGGAGUCGGCCGGAGUUGCCCCUGCCCCCGCCCCGGCGUCGACAUCGCCGGCCCCUGCGGGCGUUUACCGGCCCCCCGUUGUCCCUGGCAUGGGACAUCUGGUCCCCCGACUCCCCCCCGCGCCCUCCGCUGCCGACCCUGUCCGGCCCGUCCCCUGGGUUUGGGGCAACGCGCCGGUGUUUGUGCGGCUGCCGCCGCCGACGACGACUUCCGCCCCGCCCGCGCCAGGCAGCAUGGCUCCGCCGGCCCUGGUCUCUCCCUUUGGCCCCUCCGGUGUUGUUGUGGUUGCUGGGCCGACCGGCCCCCUCCCAUUUGUUCCGCUGUCGGUGAUUGACCCUCGGCUACUUGCCGAGGGUGGCGUGCCGGCGCCUCGUCCGGCUGGUGUGGCCGCCUCGGCGGCGUAUAUGCCCUCGGGCAUCGUUUCGGCUGGGCAGAACUUUGGUUUUGCCCCAACUCACCCCCAGCAUAUGGGGGCUCAUCGCGCGGCUUUGCCCAUCGUGGCAAUCGAUAACACGGGCGCGCCCCCUCCCACAGGAGCGCCCGGCGCGAACGCGUUCAGUGCUGGGAACGCGUCGAACACUGUGAACCGACCCGCGUACAACGCGGGUGGUUAUUCUGCCGCACAAUUCGCCGGACCGACCGGCGUCUAUUUUACCAACCCCACGAUUCACCCUGGGGUUUAUUCUUCUCCCCACCGCGCGACCCAGGCUGGCCUUUAUCCUCCAGCCAACUUUGCACAGCAGCAGAACGUUUCGUUCCCUGCCGGUGCAAGCCAGCAGCAGUUCGGUUACUCCUCUUCUCUAGCAAACCCGUUCCCUGGUUACGCUUCCUCUUCCCUCCCAGACCCUUUCUCUGGCCCGGCCACUCAAACUCAGAACCGACCCAACCGCGUGUCGCCGCUCGCGGAGGUCGACCAGUGGAUUAGCAUCCACUCGGACGACCUCGACAUAGAUCCGCAACUUCUCCAGGAGGGACAGGAUGAGCUUAAUCAAGACGACGCUGACGACCAGGCUGAUGCAACUCUCACCGCAGAAGCCAACAUGGACAACAUUGCGCUGGGGGCCCUAAAUAUUACCGAGGAGCAGGAUGAGCACGAGACGGUCAUCGACCUCACCGGCGGAGACAACCUGACCGAGUCCGAACAUGGCAAUCCCGAGUCGGACAAGGAAAAUACCGGGCUGUUGACUUCCGCGGUCGCGGCGCUGGUCAACCACAUCGACGGCGGCGGCGGCGACGAUGCUGGCAGCGACGGCGACGACAAUGGCGAUGACGAUGACGGCCUCCCCAUCCCUCACAUGCCCGACGUCCCGAUGUAUGACAUGUUCAACCCGGCCGUCAACCCGGCCGCCGCGUUCUGGUCGACCGACACGACACGCCCCCAUCCCGUCGGGGCCGUAAACAUGUACCAGCAGCCGACUCUGCCCGUUUUCGAUACCGACCCGUACCUGCCCUUCGCCCCCUGGCACGUCUCUCUCCUGCCGCGCUUCCAGCCCGAGGCCAGCGACCGUGCGCUGCUCGUCCCCGCCCGCUUUCUCGCCGCCGUCGGCAUGCUCUAUCCGGAUGCCGAAUUCAUCGUCUCCCGCUACCCGGCCCGAACGAAUUUCACCGCUCGGCUGAAGGGCCGCUUCAUGGCACAGACGACCGCUCUGCAUUUCCCGGGGUUGGUUGAUCCUCACAGCAUCGCCCACCCGCACCCGGAGGACGAGACGCACUAUAUCAUCUCCCUUCGUCGUCGUGAUUGGCCGAUCGGGUCGGUAGCUUUCUUCCCCCACACCACCGCAACCAACGAGUUCCUGCACAAGCUGCGCGGAACCUUCGACGUCCUGCCCAACGGCGCAGAGCAGUGGUACUACGUCCCGCACGACGUCAUCCAGCGUCGUCCCUGCGAGGCCUCGCCUUCUAUUACUACUUCAACUAGUACUGUCUCCAACUCCUCCAACUCCAACUCCAGCUCCUCCGACAGCAGCAACGGCAGCAGCACGAUCACGCGCCAAGGCAUGUGGGUGUGUCGCGCGUAUGAGGGCCGCCAGGGCCCGCAGGACCCCCGCAUCGUGGUCGACUGGAUGAGGGAGAACGCGGGGAAGAUCGAUCAGGAUGUGAUGGGGCGCAUGGUGCUGGGUAGGAUGGAGCAGAAUCUUUUCCCGCCGAACCAUCGGAUCUGA